AUGACUCAAGAUAUCGAAAACAAGGCCGCCCAAGGCAUCUCCUACUACACCCCCGCGCAGGUACCACCUGCGGGAUCCGCGGCCAUUCCUCAGUCGGACGGGUCACAACCUCCCAAGCUUUUCCAACCCCUCAAGAUUCGAGGAUUGACCUUCCAGAACCGCAUCGGCCUCUCUCCCCUCUGCCAAUAUAGCGCCGACGAUGGACACAUGACGGACUGGCAUAUGGCCCAUCUGGGCGGAAUCGCAUCGCGUGGCCCCGGCUUUGUCAUGGUCGAGGCGACGGCCGUCCAGCCCGAGGGCCGCAUUACCCCUCAAGAUCACGGUCUCUGGAAGGACUCGCAGAUCGAGCCUCUCCGCCGGGUCGUGGAGUUUGUGCACAGCCAGAGCCAGAUCAUCGGUAUCCAGCUGGCCCACGCUGGCCGCAAGGCCAGCACGGUCGCCCCCUGGCUCAGCAUGGCAGCAACCGCCACGGAAAAGGUGGGCGGUUGGCCCAACAAUGUCAAGGGUCCCUCCAACACUCCCUUCCAGGACAGCUUCCCCACGCCCCAGGCCAUGACCACCGCCGAUAUUGAGCAAUUCAAGAAGGACUGGGUUGCGGCUGUCAAGCGCGCUGUCCAGGCUGGUGUGGACUUUGUCGAGAUUCACAAUGCCCACGGCUAUCUGCUCAUGAGCUUCCUGUCCCCCGCCACCAACGACCGCACCGAUGAGUACGGCGGCAGCUUCGAGAACCGCAUUCGUCUGUCUCUGGAGAUUGCCCAGUUGACCCGUGAGAAUGUGCCCAAGGACAUGCCCGUCCUGCUGCGCGUCUCGGCGACCGACUGGCUCGAGGAGGAUCUGCCCGACCAGCCCAGCUGGCGUGUGCAGGAUACCGUCCGCUUCGCCCAGGCGCUCGCCGACAGUGGCAACGUCGACUUCCUGGACAUCAGCAGUGGUGGCGCCCUUUGCGGUGAGGUGAAGAAGGCUGUUGGCGACAAGCUGGCGGUCGGCACGGUCGGCAUGAUUGGUGACGCCCACCUGGCCAACCGCUUGUUGGAGGAAGACAACCUCGACUUCGUCUUGGUUGGUCGUGGCUUCCAGAAAAACCCGGGUUUGGUCUGGACGUGGGCCGAGGAACUCAAUGUGGAGAUCUCCAUGGCGAACCAAAUCCGUUGGGGCUUUGGUUCCCGGGGUGGUGGUCCAUACUUGAAGAAGCGACAGGAGAAGAUCUAG